AAAUAGUUUAAGGUUAAGGUCCAGGUUCUCGUUACCGUCAAAGCAAAAUAAAUAAACUGCAUGUUCAUCGCUACUGACAAGCAACUUCUUCAAUUACAAGUGAUAAAUAAAAAUCCAUAAAUAUGAUAAAGUUAACAGAAGAAAUAAAUUUAUCCGACUAUAAAUUAAUAAUCCCAGCAGUUGCUGUGGGAAAUGUCGGUCAACUAGCCCUCGAUUUAUUAAUAACGAGUAUGAGUAUGCGUAAAAUUGGUCAUGUUAUAAAUUCAUGUUUUAUUCCGAUCCUCGGCGCAGAUCCUUACGUCAAAAAUUCAAGUUCUCUAUGCACGAGUUGCGACAUUUAUUGUCAGCAGACUAAAAAAAUAGUCGCGAUUCAAAUUCGCUCGCCUGUGGUCAAAAAUUUGCAGAGUUUUUUUGAUGAACUAAAGAAAUUUAUUGAGGAAAAAAAAAUUUCGCAGGUCGCAAUUUUAACAAGCGGGUGGUCACAUACGAGAUCGGACAUUCAAAUUAGAACGGAGCCGAUGCGUUACUUGGCCUCGCCAAGUAUCCAGAUGACCUCGGGGAAAUUAUUCGAGUCUUUGGAUUGGCUGGAACUUGAAUCAACGACAAAUGCUGAAGGUACUGAGUGUGUGAGCAUCGCUGGCGGCGGAUUUGCUUUGAAACUUCAUGAGUUUUUGGUACAAAAUAAAAUUCCCUCUGUUGUAAUCCUGAGAUUUUGCUCUGAGGGUGACAAUGUACCUGAUGCUGUUGCUUUUGUUGAUUAUCUGAACAAGUGGCUGUCAUUUGGCUUCGACUCAUCGAAGGUCAAGUUCCCUGACUCGUGGGAAUUUCUGUUUGGGAAUCCUGCGCCUCUAGAUAUUUAUUAAAAAACUUUCGGCGGGUUUCGGAGAAAUUUUUGAAAAUUUCUUUGAGAUUUUUCUAUUUUUUAUAAAUUAUUAAUUAUCUUGUAAUAAUAAGGGUUAUAAAUAAAAUUACGAUUG